AUGAACGGGACGGUUUAUUAUCGGGACCACAACAUCGGGUCGACGCCGUUACUUCGUCCGUUCUAUCAGCAGCCAAAGAAGACGACGGUGGUUGACGGCGUUCUGAGGGGGCCCACGUUAAAGCUGAGUAGUGAGCGGUGGAAGGAAAUGCUGGGCGAUAAGAGGGCGAAAGGGACCGUGGUGUUCCGUUUAGAUCUGACGGCCAAGAUAGCAUCCAAAAUAUCGAUGUGGGAAAGCAAGCACCAUCGGAUGCAUGCCAACUGUGACGUGGCUGUGGGCCCCGAUGGCUCCCUCUUAGAUGCUUACAGGGACAAGAGAUGCCCCGUUUACUUCUCUUUCAAGUGA